AACAUUUCCUGUUGUCGUACGCACCCUAGAUACGCGCGCGCGCUCACCUCCAUCACGGGGAAGCGCGUGGAGUUGUCAGAUUUUACGGAAUAUUCCCGAAAUAGCAGCUUGUUAGCGCGGUGAUAGAGAUAAAUCCUGCCUUCAGCUGAAUGUGUAACCCGUGUGUAAUUUCAGAGGACAAUAUUUUGUGUGUGAGGUGUACCCAAUGAUUUGUAUGAUAUCACCAUUUGCUUUGAGAUGACCAAGGAGAACUAAAAGACACCCUGGCUCCACCUCAAGGUUUCUAUUUCUCUGUCUCCUGCCUCCGCUCCUCAAUGGGUUCCCGAAGUCAGGGGUUCUUCCACCACCAACACCACCACCGUAGUUCAAUGGUACCCACGGCUGUCCCACGACUGCUGCCCGAGACCAGCAGCCUGUUGGGGGGCAUCGCCCAGAUCACUCCGUCCCUGUUUCUCGGCCGGGGGAAUGUGGCGUCUAACCGCAGCCUUCUCCUGUCCAAAGGGAUUACCUGUGUGGUGAACGCCACCAUCGAGCUGCCCAACUUCAACUGGCCACACAUGGAGUACGUCAAAGUGCCCCUGGCCGACAUGCCUCAUUCUCCCAUCUCGCUUUAUUUUGACAGUGUGGCUGAUAAGAUCCACAGCGUGGGCCGGAAACGGGGAGCCGUGUUGGUGCACUGCGCAGCUGGGGUGAGCCGCUCCGCCUCGCUCUGUUUAGCCUACCUCAUGAAGUACCACAGAGUUUCCUUGGCCGAGGCUCACGCUUGGGUCAAAUCCCGCCGACCGGUCAUUCGUCCUAAUGGAGGGUUCUGGCGACAACUCAUUGAGUACGAGAGGAAACUGUUUGGCAGGAACUCGGUGAAAAUGAUCCAGACACCUUAUGGGGUCAUUCCCGACGUGUACGAGAGAGACCGCAGGAAUUUGGCACCUUACUGGGGCUUGUGAAGAGGGGUUUGGAUCUUGGUUCAAACAUAGAGGACGGGUCUUCUAUGCGAUCUUUGACUCCAUUGUCUUCCAGCCUCUUUACGUACAUCCACGUGUCCCUCUCACCAGAGAACAAAGCCAGAUGCAAGUGCUUAUGUCCAUUUUCAAGAUGGAAAAAAGUCACUUUAAGUCCCUAUUUUAUGAAGUCAGAAGUGAUAAUACAUCCUUGAAUGCUGAAAGAAAUCUGGGUGACAAUAAUGUCAGAUUUAGGAGCACUUUGGGAAUCAAGUGUGAUGCUGGGAAACAGGAAUUCAGUCCUUGGUUAAGACUUACCAAUCGUAAUAUUGUGAGGAUAUUGUUUCCGUUUGGCUGUCGUCUUUUAUAUUAUAUAUAUUAUAUUCUAAGGUGUAUUUAAACUUGUGCAUUCAGAAAAAUACAAAAAAGAGAGAAAGCUAUUGGAAGGUUUUGUGAUGUUACAAACUGUUUAACAGAAAAACGCUACAAUAUUAUCUAAGUUUAGAUAAGACUAAUGAACUAUUUAUGUAAAUGAAAAACACAAA